CACCCAAAACCUUCGCCUUUAUAAGGAGCCCAUUUGCUCCUUUAAUCCUCCCCCUUUCUUUCCUCUUCUUCUUCCUUCUCUUGCUUUCUUUAGGGUUUCUUCUUGUCUUUCUCUAAUGGGUUUCUUUGUUGAAGAUUCGUGUGUAAUAGUAACCCAUCUCUUGUACAAGGCAGCUGUUAUUUUAGCAGUUCUGAGAUGGACUGUGUCUUGGGUUCUUAGGUUCAGAAACAGAAUCCAUUUACCUUCAUCUACGAAUGAUUCUCAACAACAAUCUCAUGCUCUCCCUUCUUCUCAGCAAAUCAGGGACGGUUUGAUCUUGACUGCUUUUGGUGAUAUCACAGACAGGAUGUCAGGAGAUUGCGACACGUGCGCUGUCUGCUUGGGCCAGUUGAUGGAGUAUGAUGAAGUCAGGGAGUUAAGGAACUGCUGCCACGUGUUCCACAAAGAGUGCAUUGAUAGAUGGGUUGAUCAUGAUCAUAAAACUUGUCCACUAUGUAGGGCCCCUUUGUUGACUAGUACACAAAGCUUGGCUUGGAUUAAGUCUGAGCCUAGUUGGGCUGUUGAGAGAAUUCUGUACCUAUUUGGAGAUGAUCUGUUUAUGCAAUAAUUAACAUUUAGACUUUCGAGGCAGUCAUUUAGUGGUUUAGGAGAGAAAAGAAAUAGUGGACGUAGGAUCAAAUUUUGUAUGGCCUGGAUUUGAUGGGCCUUCAAAGCUGUAUAUAUUAUGUAUAUAAUGUAUUUUAUCGUUAUUCAAUUCCAGCCCCUUCAAAGCCGUAUAA